CUCUUCACAUAUUAACUUGCUUGCAUGCUACCUCUACUCUUUCACACUUUUUUUACUUUCUAUGUUCUUGCUUUUUUGAUUUUUUCAACUUCAACACCAUUCUUGUAUGCUUUAUCAUUCCAAUUCCCAUUACCAAGUGACAAGGCAAGAUAGAGACAGACAAACAAAUCUAUUUAAAGCACUCCCACUUUAUAUCCAUAUAUCACACCUCUUUCAUUGUUUUAGUGUAUAUAUAUAUAACCUGGUAAAGGUAGUAGUACCUUGUAGCUUCAUUCGGUGAUAUAUUUAUAACCUUUUUUCUACCAUCAGUUCACCCUUGUCACUACACAAAAAGGAGAGACCAAAACCCUAGCCUUUUUACUCUCCAAAAUGUGGAUGGUGGGUUACAAUGAAGGUGGAGAGUUCAACAAUAUGGUUGAUCAUUCACUCAGUGGAAGGAAACUCAGGCCUCUCAUGCCAAGGCCAAUGACUUCUCUUAACAACGCAACAACAACAACAACCACUCCUGGCUUAACUCACAUCCAUGGCAAUGAUUUCCUUUCACAAUAUCAUUAUCACCAUCUUGAACAAAACAAGAGAGAGCAAUUGCCAGUUGUGGUGAGUUCAAGGUGGAAUCCUACCCCAGAGCAACUAAGAGUCCUUGAAGAGUUGUAUAGAAGAGGAACAAGGACACCAUCUGCUGAGCAAAUCCAACACAUUACUGCACAACUUAGAAGGUUUGGUAGCAUUGAAGGGAAGAAUGUGUUCUAUUGGUUUCAGAAUCACAAAGCCAGAGAAAGGCAAAAGCGCCGCCGCCAAAUGGAAUCAGAUGCUGAAACUCCAGAGAAGAAAGAUUUAGCUGCAAGUAGGACAGUGUUUGAAGCUGAAUGGACCAAGAACUGGACACCCUCAACAAACUGCAGUACCAUUGCAGAGGAAUCUGUUUCAACACAAAGGACAGCAAAAGCAGUGUAUGCAGAGAGUAGAACAGAUGGAUGGCUCCUAUUCCAUGAAGGGGAAUUACAACAAAGAAGAAACCUUUUGGAAAGGAAUGCAACGUGGCAUGUGAUGCAGUUACCAUGUCCUUCUCCUGCACCUGUCACCCACCUCAUAAACACCCCUCCUAAUGCAUCUGCAGCCACUACUACAACCACAGUAAUAGCAACAACAAAAAUGGACCCAAACCUCAUUAAGGCACAUGAUCUCAGCUUUUUUUUUACACCCCAGAGAGAAAACAGUGUUAUUCACUUGAGUAGUAGCAGUAGUACUAGUGAAGAUGAUAACUGUGUGGAGUCUCAAACCCUUCAACUUUUCCCUUUAAGGAGUGGUGAUGAUGGAAGCAGUGACAACAUUAAGGAUAAGGACACAGAGAUAUCAACUUCAGCAAUGAAUGCCAAUAACUUAACCCCAGGCCAGUUUUUUGAGUUCCUUCCUAUGAAGGACUGAUAAUAUUAUCAGAAACACGUAUAUGUGCGAUGUUUGUAAGAUGAUGGGAACGUGUUUUGGUGUUGUUUUGUUGGAAAAUGGCACUGCUUUUAUUGUUAGUUGUUAGUGAUGUUAUGUUUCAAGGAAUUGGUGUUGUAAUAGGACGCUGACUCUGAAAGAAGGUAUUGUAUUUUACCUUAAAAUGCAUUUACUAUGUUGGUUGAA